AUGGCGGGCCUCAACGCCCCCCACCGCCCCUCGGCAAGCCUCGCCUCAAGAAUACUCCUCCUCCUCACCGCCCUCCCCCUAUUCCUCGCCUCCUUGGCCUUCCUCCUUCAGUGGCGCGGCAGCGUCGACGACCGGGCCUCCCGGUGGACCGCCGAGUCCCAGAAGUUCCCCGGGAAGGAAAACAGCUCCGACAUCGGUUCGACCGUUCCCUCGUCGACGUCCGGGAACUUGCCAUUGUCGUCCUCCGAUUGCGUGAAGAUCCUCGGCCGGAGCUCGUUCCCUUCCUUCCCUUAUUAUCGCGGCUGGAAUCUCAGUUUCGAGUCGGUUCCACAUCCAAAGAUAAGUAUCGUAUCUACCACUUCGGCUAGUUUGGAGCAGAUUCUACCGUGGUUGUUUUACCACAAGGUCAUCGGUGUCACACAAUUCUUUCUAUUUGUCGAAGGAAAGGCUGCAAAACCUCAUGUUUCGGCAGUCCUUGAAUUGAUUUCUGGUGUGAAACUUGUACACAGAACCAAACAUCUUGUGGAGAAACAGGCACAAAGCCGUAUAUGGAAUGAAACAUGGCUGGCAGGCUUCUUCUACAAGCCAUGCAACUAUGACCUCUUUGUGAAGCAGUCACUAAAUAUGGAGAUGGCUAUUGUUAUGGCACGGGAAGCUGGCAUGGAUUGGAUAUUACAUCUCGACACUGAUGAGUUAAUGCAUCCUGCUGGUGCUCAAGAGUACUCUUUAAGGCGGUUGUUAUUGGAUGUCCCUAGUCAUGUUGAUAUGGUUAUCUUUCCAAAUUAUGAAAGUUGCAUUAAGCGAGAUGAUAUAAAAGAUCCCUUCAGUGAGGUGUCCAUGUUUAAGAAAAACUAUGACCAUCUACCAAAGGAUACAUAUUUUGCUAUGUAUAAGGAGGCAACACGUCGCAAUCCCAAUUAUUUCCUUACUUAUGGAAAUGGAAAAUCAGCUGCACGAAUUCAAGAUCAUCUUCGUCCUAAUGGUGCACAUAGAUGGCACAAUUAUAUGAAGACCCCAAAUGAGAUCAAACUGGAAGAGGCUGCAGUUCUACAUUUCACAUAUAGCAAAUUUUCAGACUUGACUUCUCGACGUGACCGGUGUAGUUGCAAACCAACAAAGGAUGAUGUUAAAAGAUGCUAUAUGUUGGCUUUUGACAGAGAUGCCUUCAUUAUUGCAUCGACUGCCUCUCCAGAGGAAAUGCUGCGGUGGUACAAUGACCAUGUUGUGUGGAGUGAUGAAGAAUUAAUCAUAAAGCUUCUCAAGAACGGUGUCUUGACGCAUAUAUAUGCACCAAUGGCUAUUAUUCAAGGUUUGAGGGAGUCCGGUGUUUUCAGUUCUGCAAUUGCAUCUGCACAAGCACUCUCCAAAGAUAAAUCUUUGCCCAUGGGAGACCUCCAAAACAAGAAUUCCUCGACACUCCCCAAUUUGAGCAUUGGUGCAUCCAUAGCCACGACGAGAGGAGCUGGUGGUAAGGAAUCUCUGGCAGCAGCAAGGAAGAUUUUGGAGACUAUUGUCUUCACUGAGAAUGCAAUUCCACCAACAUCCCCGCCGGGCUUGGAUGAUGUCCAAAUUGAAACAUGA